AUCUUCGCCACUCGACUUGCAAUAAAUGUCGGCGUCCUAUCAAACAAUCGAGCACGACGUGCCGCAAUCUUAUCGCGACAAAAUCCUCAAGUGGAAUGGCUGGGGGUACAGCGAUUCACAGUUUGCGAUUAACAAGGACGGACAUGUCACUUUUACCGGGGAUAAAUACGAAAUCUCCGGAAAAGUGAUGCCACACUUCCGCCCGUGGUUCGAGAACUACUUGGGCAUCGAUCUAGGCUUCGUAAGCCCAGCCCAGAAGCUUUCGGACGUGAUCAUCGAUGCCCCUGUCGAAAAUGAGGAUAUCAUUGAGUUCCUGCAGGAAAACAAGAUUUCCUUCUCGAAUGAGGCAAGAAUCAGAUUGAUGAGAGGUCAUGGGCAUACAGUUCACGACAUGAUCAAUUUGAGAGAGGGAAAGAUCCCGAGACUUCCGGAUAUCGUUGUCUGGCCGAAAAGCGAGCAUGAGAUUGUUAAGAUCAUCGAAGGAGCAAUGAGCCAUAACUGCGCGAUCAUCCCAAUCGGAGGUGGUACCUCUGUCACAAACGCUCUGGAUACCCCAGAAACCGAAAAACGAGCUGUGAUCUCUAUGGAUAUGGCACUUCUUGACAAGAUUCUCUGGAUUGAUCGAGAGAAUUUGACUUGCCGAGCUCAAGCUGGAAUUGUCGGGCAAUCGUUGGAGCGUCAGUUGAACAAGAAGGGAUUCACAUGUGGACAUGAACCGGAUUCCAUCGAAUUUUCUACUCUCGGAGGAUGGGUUUCGACUAGAGCCAGUGGAAUGAAGAAGAACAAAUACGGAAACAUCGAAGACCUCGUCGUCCAUCUGAACUUCGUCUGUCCAAAAGGAAUCAUCCAGAAGCAAUGCCAAGUCCCAAGAAUGUCAUCCGGACCAGACAUCCAUCAAAUCAUUCUGGGGUCCGAGGGAACGUUGGGAGUGGUGUCCGAAGUCACAAUCAAGAUCUUCCCAAUCCCAGAGGUCAAGAGAUUCGGAAGCUUCGUGUUCCCGAACUUCGAGAGCGGAGUCAACUUCUUCCGCGAGGUUGCCAUUCAACGCUGUCAACCAGCAUCCCUUCGUCUUAUGGACAACGAUCAAUUCGUUAUGGGACAAGCGUUGAAGGUGGCUUCAGAUUCUUGGUGGGCUGACUUGAAGAGCUCCGUGAGCAAGAUGUACAUCACAUCGUGGAAGGGUUUCAAGGUCGACGAGAUUUGUGCGGCCACGUGUGUCUAUGAGGGAAAUCGCGAAGAAGUCGAUCAGCAUGAGGAGAGGCUGAAUAAAUUGGCCGAGCAGUUCCACGGAGUUGUCGGAGGCGCCGAGAAUGGUCAAUAUGGAUAUCGGCUUACUUUUGCUAUCGCCUACUUGAGAGACCUUGGAAUGAACCAUGGUGUGCUCGGCGAGUCGUUCGAAACCUCAGUUCCAUGGGAUAAGGUUCUCAGCCUUUGCAGGAAUGUCAAGGAGCUGAUGAAACGCGAGGCAAAAGCUCAGGGAGUCACGCAUCCAGUUUUAGCGAACUGCAGAGUCACCCAGGUUUACGAUGCCGGAGCCUGUGUGUACUUCUAUUUCGGAUUCAACGCCAGAGGAUUGAAAAAUGGCCUAGAAGUUUAUGAUCGUAUUGAGACAGCCGCCCGUGACGAGAUCAUCGCUUGCGGUGGAAGCAUCUCACAUCACCACGGAGUCGGAAAGAUCAGAAAACAAUGGAUGCUGACCACGAACGGAGCAGUCGGAAUUGCGUUGUUGAAGGCUAUCAAGAGUGAGCUGGAUCCGGCGAACAUCUUCGCCAGUGCUAACUUAAUUGAUAUUAUUGGAUCACCGCAUUGCAAGUUGUAGAUAAUCAUUGUUUCGUUUUUUAUUAUUAUUGGAUUUUGAAACUUGAAGAAAUAAACUUUU